AUGAUCAACUGUCAAAUGCUACAAGUUCUGGACCUCGGAAACAACUUGAUAGUGGAUACAUAUCCAGAGUGGCUGGGAGUUCUGCCUUUGUUGAAAGUGCUUGUUCUGAAGUCAAACGGGUUUCAUGGUCCCAUUGAUUACUACGGGAUAAACAAACAGACACAUCCCUUCUACCCAAAGCUGCAGGUUCUGGACCUUUCUUCAAAUUCUUUUAACGGUAGCAUACCUACACGAUUCCUCAAGCAGUUCAAGGCUAUGAUGGUGACUUCUUCAGGAGCUCCCAGCAUGUAUAUUGGAACUGAUCUAUCAUCAUUUCCAUACAAAGGAUACUACGGGGAAUCUGUCACGGUCACACUCAAGGGGCAAGAAACAACGGUACGAAUACUUUCAGUGUUCAUGUCCCUCGACCUCUCCAACAACAACUUUGAGGGUAUCAUCCCCAAUGAGAUCGGUGACCUGAAGUCUCUCAAGGGGCUCAACCUCUCCAGGAAUUCCUUCACCGGCGAGAUCCCUCCGAGGAUCACGAACAUGUUGCAGCUGGAGUCACUUGAUCUCUCCUACAACCAGCUCUCUGGGGAGAUCCCACCCGCAAUGGCGGCGAUGUCAUUCCUCGAGGUGCUCAACCUCUCCUACAACCACCUAUCAGGGAUGAUACCGCAAUCCAGCCAGUUCUCGACAUUCCCGAACACCUCAUUUCUGGGGAACGACAGGCUGUGUGGGAAGCCGCUAACACGGCUGUGUGAGACGAACCACGCACCAUCAGGUGCUGCUACACCGGGCUCUCCUAAAGAGCUGAACUGGGAAUUUUUGUCGGUUGAAGUAGGGGUCGUUUCUGGUUUGGCCAUUGUGGCCGCGACCAUGCUGCUGUGGGGCAAUGGGAGGAGCUGGGUGUACUGGCAUGUCGACAAGUUUUGGUUGUAG